AUGAAUCAAUGGGCGAACAGGUUGGUUUGGUCGCUGUCUGUAAUGCUGGUUUUGGCUGCGGGCACAGAGGCUUUCUGGAAUGGUAACGUGCAAGUAAGAAUCUAUAACAGUUUGGAAUACACGAAAGAUUUGACCAUCCAUUGUAAAUCCAAGGACGACGACCUCGGCGCCCGCGUUCUAUCUUCCGGCGAACACUUCGAGUUCCAAUUUGCACCACACAUGUUCAAGAAGACCUUGUUUUUCUGCAGCAUGGCAUGGGAUGGACAAUCGCAUUGGUUCGACAUUUACGAGGAAGACAGGGAUGGGGAUUGUAAUAGCAGUCGUUGCACGUGGGAUGUAAAGCAAAACGGCCCUUGUACGGUAGCUACGGGUACCCUUUUGUUUGUUUGUCACCCUUGGAACAAAUAG